AGGAUAGAAUGUCGAUACCGUCGAUCUCCGUCCAUGUCUAAAUCAGACGGUCCUGGUUCAGUCUCCACUUCCUGUAAAAAAAAAAUGCAAAGCAACCGUUUAUGCAGAAUCUCAGGCGCACGCGAUCUCAUCGUUCUCCUCCAUUUUGUUUUUCUUCGCAUCGCACUUUUCUUUUUCUCUAUCUGUAAAAUUUGUUGUGAAUUUUCUUUCUAACCAAACAUAUCACUUGAAUUGAAUACUAAUAAUCAUAACAAUAAGCUUUUUAUAAGCCUGCAAUUUCCAUAUUCCUCUCAUUGUGUUACUUUUUUGGAUCAAAGAAUCCCUCGUUUUCACACGCCCAAUAAAGAUAGAAAGUUUCAGCUUCGAUUCCACGCCUUUCUUUCUCUGUUUUAGGAAAAUUCUAGCUUUGACAUGGCUACUGGAAGCGAUAUGGGUUUGUUAUCUAACCUAGAUAUUGGUAUGCAAGGACCGAGUGGGAGUUUAGAGGAUAGUAUUCAGACUGAGCUUGAAUUGAUUCUUCAAGAGCAGCGAAAUCGGAAGAUUGUGGAUCGGGAAAGGGAUCUGAAUAUGUAUAGAAGUGGCAGUGCUCCACCUACAGUAGAGGGUUCCUUAAGUGCUGUUGGUAGUCUUUUUGGGAACUCUGAUACAAGAGAAAUUAGCGGUAGAGUUUUCACUAAUGAUGGGGUUUUAUCCGAGGAUGAAAUUCGUUCACAUCCUGCUUAUCUUUCUUACUAUUAUUCUCAUGAUAGCAUUAACCCAAGAUUGCCCCCACCGUUGUUGUCAAGAGAGGAUUGGCGUGUUGCACAGAGAUUUCAAGCUGGUGGGUCUUCGUUUGGGGGUGCUGGGGACCGGAGGACUAAGAAGAUGGUCGAGGAUGGUGAGAGUUCGUCACUCUUUUCGAUGCAGCCAGGACUUUCUGUACAAAAGGCAGAGCAUGAGCUAAUGGAAUUGAGGAGUGGUAAUGGAAGGAAUCUUUCUAGGCAGACAUCUUUUGGGUGGGUUGAUAGAGGUGCAAACAGUUCAAUUGGAACCACAAACAGUGGGCUUGGUGCACGGAGGAAGAGUUUUGCUGACAUUCUGCAGGAGGGAGUUGAUCGACCGGCAUCCUUGUCUGGCUUCUUGUCACGCCCUUCAAGCCGGAAUUCUUUUGGUGACAGUGCGGAACUUUUUGACAGUCUGCAUAAUGGAGCUUCUCCUCACGGCCUGUCUGGAGUUCAAAGUCGUGGUACUGCAGGUUCUUAUUCUUUGGCAUCUGGUAUGAGUUCCUCUCUGUCAAGGAGCACAACACCUGAACCAAAGCUAGUUGGUCGAUCUCCUAGUUCUGGCCUUCCUCCUGUAGGAAGCAGAAUUUCCUCAGUUGAACAGAAGAAUGUUCGUGGCUUAAACAUCAAAAAUGGUCAUUCUUCUGGAAUGAAUGAUCUCGCUGAUAUUGCCGCUAACCUAUCUGGCUUAAGUCUGUCGAAUGUUAGAAGUAGAGAUAGGAAUAGUCAGGUCCAGUCCCAGCAUCAUCUUGAUAAUAAUUCCGAUUUUCAGUUCAGAACUGGCCAUAACCAAAAUCUGCAGCAAGAACUUAUGGACCAGGCCAAUGCUGAAAAUUUUUCUCUUGCAGCCACUUAUGUUGAUCUAGCUAGGCAAAAUGGGAUGUUGACAAACCUUAAUGCAUCUAAGUCAAGUUCCAAUAUGCAAGCCAACUUUCCAAAAAGGACUUCUUCCUCUGCCAAUCUUUAUUCACAAGUUGGUUCUUCAGGAUUUGGGGGUUUUGAAGGGCCAUAUUUUUAUCAACAGAAUCCAACUACUCCCGGAAUUGACUUCAGAGCUGGUGCUUUUCCUAAUCAGCAGAAUACAUCUAUGGACGGUCAUCUUGAUACAGCUUUUACUUCUAGUCAAAAUGGACAAAACAUGAAUAUCCUGGGAAACAAAGUUGGCCACGAUCUGCAUUCCUCAGUUAUUGAUCCACGAUAUGUCCAAUUUUUGCAAAGAAACUCUGAUUAUCCAACACGGGCUGCAACUAGUCUGGGUGAUCCUUCUUUGAUAAAAAACCAAUUUUCUACUUCUCAUGCUGACCUGGAAGGGCUUCAGAAAGCAUACCUUGAGACUUUGCUGGUUCAACAAAAAGAACAGUUAGAAUUGUCACUACUAGGUAAUUCUGGUGGUUUAGGUCAGGAUAAUUAUGCAAAUGCAUCUUAUAGACUUGGCACACCAUAUCUUGGAAACCCAAUGGCAAACACGGUUCUUCCCUCCGUUGGAUCUGGAAGUCCAAUGUUUCAGAAUGAAAGAUUUUCGCAUUUUCAUUCAAUGAAAAAUUCAAUGGGAGGAUCUGUUGGCUCAUGGAACUCGGAUAUUGGCAAUAAUGUAGAAGGUAGAUUCAUCUCAUCCCUGUUAGAUGAGUUCAAGAACAAUAAGACCAAGUCUUUUGAACUUUCAGACAUUAUUGAUCAUGUAGUUGAAUUCAGUACGGAUCAGUAUGGUAGUCGCUUUAUUCAACAGAAAUUAGAAACUGCGACACCUGAAGAAAAGAUCAUGAUAUUCCCUGAGAUUACUCCACAUGCGCGUACAUUGAUGACUGAUGUCUUUGGAAAUUACGUCAUACAGAAAUUCUUUGAACAUGGUACAGCAAGCCAAAGAAAGGAAUUGGCUAGCCAACUUACUGGCCAUGUUUUGCCUUUGAGUCUUCAAAUGUAUGGUUGCAGAGUGAUUCAGAAGGCCUUGGAGGUGGUGGAUGUGGAUCAGCAGACCCAAAUGGUGGCGGAGCUGGAUGGUUCAGUUAUGAAAUGUGUACGUGAUCAGAAUGGGAAUCAUGUAAUUCAAAAGUGUAUUGAGUGUGUCCCUCAAGAUCGUAUUCAAUUUAUUAUCUCAUCCUUUUAUGGUCAAGUUAUUACACUUUCCACCCAUCCUUACGGCUGCCGUGUUAUUCAGAGGGUCCUGGAACAUUGUGAUGAUUUAAAUACACAACAAAUUAUUAUGGAUGAAAUCAUGCAAUCUGUAUGCAAUCUUGCACAAGAUCAAUACGGAAAUUAUGUAAUUCAGCAUGUCCUUGAACAUGGUAAACCGCUGGAGAGGACUGCAAUUAUACGCCAACUUGCAGGCCAAAUUGUACGGAUGAGUCAGCAGAAGUUUGCUUCUAAUGUUGUCGAGAAGUGCUUAUCUUUUGGCAGUGCUGAGGAGCGUCAAUUUUUGGUAAAUGAGAUGCUUGGUUACACCGAGGAAAAUGAGCCCCUACAGGCCAUGAUGAAAGAUCCAUUUGGAAACUACGUUGUACAGAAAGUUCUAGAGACCUGCAGCGAUGAGAGUCUUGAGUUGAUUCUUUCUCGCAUUAAGGUUCAUUUGAAUGGUUUGAAGAGGUAUACUUAUGGAAAACACAUUGUUUCUCGUGUUGAGAAGCUCAUUGCAACUGGAGAAAGGCGCAUAAGUAUGUCAUCGUCUGCAAUUUCCUCUUCCUGAACUAUACCAAUUUGGAGCAAGGCAUUUUAAUCUUGCCACCACCAAUGGGCAUGCACCGUUUUGUACAGCUAACAUGGAUGGUGACUUUUUUAAGUUCUUGGAGUAUCAUAUACAGAGAUCAUUGGUUGUAAAUAAACACAUACCUAUAGAUCUACAUGAAUAAGAUCUCUGUCUACCUAUUUAUUGUAUAUUCGGCUUAGUAGUUAUCUGACUGAGAAUUCCACAGAAAAGGGUCGUUUUUAGGCUGCCCGGCGAGUUCUCAUUAACUGCCCUUUUGAGAGUACCACCAAAGUUCAUAGUUUGUAAAGCAAAUGUAAGUGUAAAUGGUUAACUAUAUUUCUAAGAGAGGGUAGAGUAAAUAAUUCUGUGGAGUUUUCUAUUUUGAGUAUAUAUUUACUUGCGUUGUACAUAUACUGCAAUCUUCGUAUGGAGAUUUGUAAAUUUUUGCCCUCGUCUUAAUGUUGCUGGCGUAACUCAACAAACUUGAAGUUGGCUUGUUGCCGUGGAUGAAUCUAUUAUUUUAGGACUUCAGUCUCA